GUGUAUUUGCAAGCAUUUCGAUAGUUUCAUGUAUAAAUAAUUUACUGUAUGCUAGAUACUAGCAAGCAAGGUGAGGAGUGCCACGGAACUUGCGCAAUACUCCUCCCUAAUAUUGAAAGUAACGUACAUAUCAUAAAAAUCACCCAGAGCUGCGAAGACUAGCAACUAGUCCCACCCGGCGGAGGGGCUGAGUGACAGAGGGCGCGAAGCAGUCUGGCCAGGAGCAGGCACCGGACCCUCAUUCAGGCAGAUUUUAACAUGGCUGCGGUGAAGCUUACAGCAGCGGAGGAGGAUGCUAUCAACAAGCACCGCUACCUCACACAGAUGACAGUGCCGAAGGGCGCACUGCCGCUGAAAGUGCUGACCAAGAAAUUCUUGCAACUACUUGAGCAGGCGGACAAAGGGCCAGACGCACAGGGGGAGGUGGCACGCCUAUACCGGGAAUUCCUACGAGAGGCGGCGCAGACGGAACUGCACGCGAAGAAGCUACGCGCCAUCUGCGAGGCCAACAAGCGCGAGCAGGAGAGCUACACCCAGAAGCAGCAGGAGCUGGAGGAGGCGAUUGAGCAGACAAAACGGGAGAUUGAGGAGAAGAAGCAGGAGCUGGCACGGGCCAAGGUGGUGCUCGGGCAAAACGAGCAGUACGAGGUGCUGCGGCACCACAUCAUGGAGAACCCCUCGCGCGAGGUGACGCAGGCGGCAGUGGACGCGGAGCUGAGGCAGAUGGCGGAUGCCAAGCUGGAGAGUGGCCGCAUCACGCAGCUCAUGGAGCGGCGGCGCAAGCAGUUCUCGCUGCUGUUCUACGUCAUCGAGGAGCUGCAGCGCACCGCCGACAGCACCUCGGACGAGCUGGCGACCAUGGAUGGAAUGGAGGUGGACUCGUGAGGGGCGCAGGCAGGGCCAGGCAAGCCUAGGGGCAGAGGAGCCUUUGUGCAGGAGCUAGUGAUAUGUUGCUCUUGGUGGGGAGGUGGUGCGGUGUAAGCGAAGGAGCAUGGUGUGCGUGUUGGCCUUGUGGCCAAUGCCGUUCUAAUGCGGCGGAGAGAGCGGAUGCGUUGGCUCACCAGCGUCGUACAGCGCGCUUUUGCAAGGAGCAAUAGGGUCGGGCCAUGGGACAGGCAUGAGGCAGGGCAUGAAGGCGGGGGGGGGGGGGCAGAGGACUGACGAACGAAGGGUUAAGCCGUGCCAGUCAAGGAUCCAGUGGCUGAUCCUCUGUUGUAAAAUCUGCAAGGU